AGUUGCUAUUUUCUCUCACGCGCGAAAUGAGCGCGUAUGGAUAAAAUCUUAUAUGUUGCUGAUUUUUUCUCACGCGCGAAAUUAGCGCGUAUGAAUAAAAUCUUAUAUGUCUUACAUUCUCAAGUACUUUUAUUCCCUCACUCGCACAGAGAAAAAGAAGCCAAAACCCUAAAAAAAUUUAGGGGUCGUGGAGGAUUUGGCAAUGUCGUCCACAGCCAUCGCUUUCGAUCAAGAACCACCGUCGAAGAAGCCGACCAGAGAACCGAUCUCAAAUCUGCCACUUCCAGAUGAAUUAGUAUUGGAAUGCUUAGCCCGUGUCUCGAGGUUAUAUUACCCGAUUCUCUCACUCGUCUCCAAGACCUUUCGAUCACUCACUGCUUCACCGGAGCUUUACCAUACCCGGUAUCUCUCGAACCGCACCGAGGGGUGUCUCUACGUGUGCUUGCAGUUCCCUUUCGAGCCUAAUCUCCGUUGGUUCACUCUCUGUCGGAAACCAGACACAACCCUAAACAAGAAAAGGAAGAAGAAGAAGAAGAAAACUUCAAGUGGUAAUGUUUUGGUUCCGGUUAAGAUGCUCAACUCUCCUCCCGUGGAAUGGUCAGAUCUAGUAGCUGUUGGUCAUAAGCUCUACGCCAUCAACAGAGAAGAAGAUGACGUCACCUGCUGUUCUUCUAACGUCUUCUUCCUCGACUGUCGAACGCACGCGUGGGUGGAAACUCCAAGGUUGCGGCUUGCUCACACCAAGACAAAGUUUGAUGAGAUGAUGUAUUUAGCAGGAAGCUACGAGGAUCCAGAUUCUCUGAACUGUGUUCAAGUGUUCAACACGGAGACACAAACCUGGCAGGCCGUGCCUGAGGAGAAGAGGAUAUUCAGAGACACAGAUUUCAAAGGAAAGGCGUACAAGAGCAUUUAUUCAGCCUCUGGUAGGAGUGUUUCCGUUAUGAAGCUAAAGGAUUGUACAGAGGAUUUGGUAGAGCUUGGUACUACUUGUUUAAUAGAGAAAAUACUCUAUGGUUAUCUAUCCUAUGGAUUGUUUCUUUGGUCUACUGAUGCUAAAAUUUGGAGGAAAGUACAAGGUUUGGAAGAGCUGCCUAGGUUGACCCGUUAUAGAUAUGUUAAUUUUGUUGAAUGUGGUGGUAGGAUGGUGGUGUUUUGGGACAAGUGUGUGCCUGCACCUGGUGGGUAUAAGGAGCAGAUGCUUUGGUGUGCUGAGAUUUCUCUGGAAAUGCGCAGAGGUAAAGAGGUUUGGGGAAAGGUCGAGUCGUUCGAUGCUGUGCUUAGGGUACCCAAGUCUUACAAAUUCGUUUAUGCUUGUUCUGCUACCGUUUGAUUAACUACUCAUGAGACAGGUUUGAAGGGGAAUGAAUCAGCUUUUUACUUAGUACCUAGUAUGUCCUGAAUAUUGUACUGUCUCUUUGAUAGAAAACUCUUUGGCUAAUGAGUGACUCAUGAGACGAGCAUCUUCUAACUUGUUCUUUCUUUAGUAUGAUGAAUGCUUUUAGCUU